AUGUCGUCAUCGUCUUCAUCAUCAUCUUCCCCAAAGAAACAAACCCUCUUCAUAUCAUCCCUUAUCCUCCUCUGGUACACAUCCAACAUAGGCGUCCUCCUCCUCAACAAGUUCCUCCUCUCAAACUACGGUUUCAAAUUCCCAAUCUUCCUCACCAUGUGUCACAUGUCAGCCUGCGCCAUCCUCAGCUACGUCUCCAUCGUUUUCCUCAAGCUUGUCCCUCUCCAACACCUCAAAUCUCGCUCUCAGUUCAUGAAGGUCGCGACUCUCAGCAUUGUGUUCUGUGCCUCUGUUGUUGGUGGGAAUGUUUCUCUGCGUUAUCUUCCUGUUUCGUUUAAUCAAGCUGUUGGUGCUACGACGCCGUUUUUUACAGCGCUUUUUGCGUAUCUUAUGACGUUUAAGAGAGAAGCUUGGGUUACGUAUGGUGCUCUUGUCCCCGUGGUGACCGGUGUCGUGAUCGCAAGUGGGGGUGAGCCAGGUUUUCACUGGUUUGGAUUCAUUAUGUGCAUCAGUGCUACUGCUGCAAGAGCUUUUAAAUCUGUUCUUCAAGGCAUCUUACUUUCUUCCGAGGGAGAAAAGUUGAAUUCAAUGAAUUUGAUGUUGUACAUGUCCCCUAUAGCCGUUAUUGCGCUUCUACCAGUCACAAUAGUAAUGGAGCCAGAUGUGAUGAGUGUGACACUGUCUCUAGCAAGACAACAUCAGUACAUGUGGAUACUUCUCCUGGUUAACUCUGUUAUGGCUUAUUCAGCCAACUUGUUGAACUUUCUUGUUACUAAGCACACAAGCGCACUUACUCUCCAGGUUCUUGGAAACGCUAAAGGAGCGGUUGCGGUUGUAAUCUCGAUCUUAAUUUUCCGAAAUCCGGUUACAGUGAUGGGAAUUGGAGGGUAUAGUAUAACGGUGCUUGGGGUUGUUGCUUAUGGAGAGACUAAACGCAGGUUUAGAUGA